ACAGCUUCCAUCGUGUCCCCACCAUCAUGCAUCGAGGCUCCGAUUCCAGUGACAGCGAGGACGAUGCCCUUUUCUCGUCUGGCGCUGAAGACGACGCUGAAGCCGUAUCAGUGACCCCAAAAUCGGGGAAAAGGAAAGCCCGGGAAGAUGAAGGGCGGGGGCAGGCCAUCAUCGUACAGACCGCCUUCGACGCGUACUUCACACAUUCCAGCUCGCGACCUGCAGACAUCUGCCAACGUUUUUUCUUCCUUAUACCCCCGCUGUCCUCAACAGAAUACGCAGAAGCCAUCGCUAACCUCCCCGACCAGCAGCUUAUAUCAGUACUCUUGACCGAUUCCAAAGCACGAAAUGCCCUCUUCAUCAGGAUUCUACGCGAACUAAAAGAAGGCUUCAACGUGCUCUGCUACGGUUAUGGAUCCAAGCGAAAGCUAUUGAACCAAUUCGCAGUCGAGCGUUGUUCCAAAGCGGGACACGUCGUCGUAGCGAACGGCUUUCAGCCCAAUUUCAGUAUCAAGGAUUUACUCAAUUCUAUCGAGGCCAUUCCUGGUAUCCUCUCCCUUCCUGCAUCCUCUACUGCUAUCGAGAGCCAGGCGCGUCGGAUAUCCACGUUCUUCUCUCAGCCAUCGCAAAAACGGUCACUCUACAUCAUCAUCCAUAACAUCGAUUCUCCCAGCCUUCGCACCACCAAGUCCAAGGCUUGUCUUGCCCUCCUAGCCUCUAACCCUCGUGUUCAUAUCGUGGCAUCCGUAGACCAUAUCAAUGCGCCACUGAUAUGGUCUUCCAGUGAGGCAUCCUCUCGAGGAGAUGGAGGCUUCACAUGGCUAUGGCACGACAUGACUACCCUUGCUCCGUAUGAUUUCGAACUCGCCUAUGCUGAUCGCUCCUCAAUAUCCGGAGCACAUGGAGGUGGGUCUCGUAAACAGCGCGAUGCAGGAGGUUCGGGCGCCGCAAACACCACGAACAUGUCAGAGACGGCUGCUGCCCAUGUCUUAGCCUCCGUCACACAAAAAGCCAAGAAGUUGUUUGUGCUUAUGGCUAAGAAGCAGCUGGAUGCGGUGGAAGAAGCUGGCGGCCCGCCGGGGAAUGACAUGCAACCGUUCGCGAUAGGAUACGGGAUGUUGUUCAACGCUGCCCGCGAUGAGUUCAUUGCAACGAACGAUACGGCCUUGCGAUCGUUACUUGGAGAGUUCAGGGACCAUAAUCUGAUUCUAGGUGAGCAAAGCACAUCGGGUACGGAGAUGCUAUGGAUACCACUACGGAAAGAGAGGUUGGCCAAUGUUCUUCACUCGAUACAGGUGGAAUGAUGAAGGAUUUCCCUUUCUCGAAAGUACGUCGGA